AUAAGUGGUUGCCUACAAAUAGUUUCUAAAAUAUGCGCAUAGAAUUUUAAACUAAAAUUUGAAGCAGCAUCACAAGAAUGUAGAGGAAAAAUAUAAAGACCUUCUUGCCUCUUUCUGGUUCUAAUACACAUUUGACGUCAUAUUUAGGGCACCCGACCAAACAGCACGCCACUGAUAACAAAUGUCAUCAUCAUUCAUUUUUUAGGUUACGUUGUCAUUGUUGACAAAUUGAUGUCAACAUUUCUCUAAAAAUGAAUUGUACGGAUUAUUCCAGCGUUUGUAGAACUUGUAUGUCUCAGAAUAUGAACAUAAGACCGAUUUUCAACACUAAGGAAGUCUUAGAUCAAGAAAUAACUCUGUGUGACAUGCUAAUGGCAUGUGCCCCAAUCACGGUAAUAAAAAAUGACGGCUUGCCUGAUCGCAUAUGUGACAAUUGUAUCGAGGAAUUGCGUAAAGCGUUUUCAUUCAGAAAAAUGUGCGAAAACUCAGACACAACUCUACGGAACUGCUUGAAUAAUCUAAAACCUGUUAUAGUACAAACUAGCCAUGAAAUUGAAGACAUCAAGCCGAACAUAAGCGACGAUUUAGUCGAGGAAAGCCAAAUUGAUUGGGGCGACAAUUCACUUUCAGGCGACACAAGUAACGAAGAAAAUUUAAAGGACGUCGAAAACAACACCAAAACCCUGGAAAACGGGAGGCGGAAGCGUUCAUACAAAUGCAAGGAAUGCAACGAAGAGUGUUUAGGGCUCGCCUCCUACUGGAAGCACAUGAGCAACCAACACGGAACGAAGCUAAAAUGCGAAUUUUGCGACAAAGAAUUCAGGACUCCGUACCUGUUAGACGAACACAAAUCUUCAUGCCCUGGCGAAAUCGAGCCCAAGCCAAAACGCACGAGGAAGAGAACCGGAAUCACCAAAAAACGCAACCUACCUCGCACUUGCGACGUCUGCCACAAAACCUUCCGCUUCCACAGCAACUUGGAGCGCCACCAGCUCACACACACCGGGGAAAGGCCCUACCUGUGCAACGUCUGCGGCAAAGGCUUCGGCCAGUUGUCUUACCUCAAAAUCCACUCGUUCAUACACACCGGGGAAAAACCGUACAAGUGCCAAAUGUGCGACAAAAGCUUCGCAGCGCCGGGAACUCUCAUGACCCACAUUCGCAUCCACACGGGGGAAAGACCGCACGUGUGUAAAAUUUGCGGCAAGGAUUUCCCACAGUCGGGGUACUUGUCGGCGCAUAUUCGCACACACACCGGGGAAAAACCGGUCGAGUGCCACGUCUGCCAUCGCCGGUUCAACCAAAGCGGCCGUCUGGUCAUACACAUGAGGAUACACAGCGGGGAAAAACCGUUCUCGUGCAACGAAUGCGGGAGGAGUUUUGCGGUCAAAGGGACGCUCAAGAAGCACAUCAGGACGCAUACGGGGGAAAGACCGUAUGUGUGCAGUGUGUGCGGACAGGCGUUCGCCCAGAGCGGGACCCUGGCCACGCACAUGAAGGUGCACAGGCCCAAGCCGUAAUUUUUUGAUUUUGUGAUUUUUAUUUGAUCUCGUGAAUCUAAAUAUGCGCAACUGUUAGGUUCAGUAUUACUUACACUGUAAUCAAUCUUUAUGUAACACAAAUACAGUUUUUGAUAUUCA